AUGUCGGAUUCUGGAAGUUACGGUCAGUCUGGGGGUGAGCAGCAAAGUUAUUCUUCCUAUGGAAAUCAAGGCAAUCAAGGUUAUGGACAAGCACCACAAGGCUAUUCUGGUUAUGGGCAAACUACUGAUUCCUCAUAUGGACAGAACUAUGGCGGCUACUCCAAUUAUGGACAAAGCCAAUCAGGUUAUUCACAAUCCUACGGUGGUUAUGAGAAUCAAAAACAGAGCUCAUAUGGCCAGCAAUCUUAUAAUAACCAGGGACAGCAAAACACGGAAUCAUCAGGAGGCCAAAGUGGAAGAGCGCCUUCAUAUGACCAGUCAAACUAUGGUCAACAAGAUUCGUAUGGCCAGCAGUCAGGCUAUGAUCAUCAUCAAGGUUCAUAUGAUGAGCAGUCAAAUUAUGAUCAGCAGCAUGAUUCCUAUAAUCAAAACCAGCAGUCCUACCAUUCACAAAGGGAAAAUUACAGCCACCACACACAAGAUGACCGUCGUGAUGUGAGUAGGUAUGGAGAAGAUAAUAGAGGAUAUGGCGGGUCACAGGGAGGAGGUAGAGGGCGUGGGGGAUAUGACAAGGAUGGAAGAGGUCCUAUGACAGGAUCAAGUGGUGGUGACCGCGGUGGCUUCAAAAAUUUUGGUGGUCACAGGGAUUAUGGACCCAGACCAGAUGCUGAUUCAGAAUCUGAUAAUACAGAUAACAACACAAUCUUUGUGCAAGGACUUGGGGAGGGUGUGUCUACAGAUCAAGUGGGGGAGUUCUUUAAACAGAUAGGAAUUAUCAAGACAAAUAAGAAGACUGGAAAACCAAUGAUAAAUCUGUACACAGACAAGGACACAGGGAAGUCAAAAGGGGAGGCGACAGUGUCAUUUGAUGAUCCUCCUUCAGCUAAGGCAGCCAUUGACUGGUUUGAUGGAAAAGAAUUUCAUGGCAACAUCAUUAAAGUGUCCUUUGCUACUAGAAGACCUGAAUUUAUGAGGGGAGGUGGAAGUGGAGGUGGGCGGCGAGGCCGUGGAGGAUAUAGAGGCCGUGGAGGCUUUCAGGGGAGAGGUGGAGACCCCAAAAGUGGGGACUGGGUUUGCCCUAAUCCGUCAUGUGGAAAUAUGAACUUCGCUCGAAGGAACUCCUGCAAUCAGUGCAAUGAACCCAGACCAGAGGAUUCUCGUCCCUCAGGAGGAGAUUUCCGGGGAAGAGGCUACGGUGGAGAGAGGGGCUAUAGAGGUCGUGGGGGCAGAGGUGGAGACCGAGGUGGCUAUGGUGGAGACAGAAGUGGGGGUGGCUAUGGAGGAGACAGAGGUGGGGGUGGCUAUGGAGGAGACAGAAGUGGGGGUGGCUAUGGUGGAGAUAGAAGUGGGGAUGGUUAUGGUGGGGACAGAGGAGGUGGCUAUGGAGGAGACCGAGGCGGCUAUGGAGGAGACCGAGGCGGCUAUGGAGGAAACCGAGGUGGCUACGGCGGGGACCGAGGUGGCUACGGAGGAGACCGAGGCGGCUACGGAGGAGAUCGAGGCGGCUACGGAGGGGACCGAGGCAGCUACGGUGGGGAUCGUGGAGGCUACGGUGGGGACCGAGGCGGCUACGGUGGAGACCGAAGUGGGGGGGGCUACGGAGGCGGCGGUGGCUAUGGUGGAGACCGAAGUGGAGGCUACGGAGGAGAUCGGAGUGGUGGCAGCUAUGGAGGAGACCGAGGUGGCUAUGGAGGCAAAAUGGGAGGAAGAAAUGACUACAGAAAUGAUCAGCGCAACCGACCAUACUGA